UUCAUUCAGAUGGCAUCAGCAUCAGUAGACAACAAAUGGCAAAAGGACGCUGCCGAUCAGAACUUUGAUUACAUGUUCAAGCUUCUGAUCAUCGGUAACAGCAGCGUAGGCAAGACGUCCUUUCUCUUCCGGUACGCCGACGAUUCAUUCACAUCAGCGUUUGUUAGCACGGUCGGAAUUGAUUUCAAAGUCAAGACUGUCUUCAGGCAGGAUAAGAGAGUUAAACUACAAAUUUGGGACACAGCAGGUCAAGAGAGAUACCGUACUAUCACUACAGCCUACUACAGAGGGGCCAUGGGCUUCAUUUUAAUGUACGAUGUCACAAAUGAAGAAUCAUUCAACAGUGUCCAAGAUUGGUGUACACAAAUAAAGACAUAUUCAUGGGACAACGCCCAGGUGAUUCUUGUUGGUAAUAAGUGUGAUAUGGAAGAUGAAAGGGUAAUCUCAACAGAAAAGGGCAAACAACUCGCUGACCAACUUGGUCUUGAAUUCUUUGAGACGAGUGCGAAGGAGAACAUCAACGUCAAACAGACAUUCGAGAGGCUGGUCGAUAUCAUCUGUGACAAGAUGUCGGAGACCAUCGACACGGACCAGACCCUCAGACCUUCCACGACCAUCACGCCUACAGACCCAGGACAGCAACCAGCCAACUCAUCGUGUUCAUGCUAAGCAGAUUGAUUGGGGGUUUAGGAGGAUGGGGGGAGGGGUAGGGGGCGGGAGGGAGGGUAGGGUGGGGUGUGAGGUUGGAUGGGGAUGGGGGAGGGAGUGGGGCAAGUGAACUGUGCAGGAAUGAACGGAGAGAGAGGUUUAUGAAAUAGAGACGGUAUAUUGAAGAAAUAAAGAGUUUGAAAGGUUGACGGACGUUUUAAACUUAAUGUCGAGAAAUGUACUAGCAUGUGCUAACAUGCUUUUAGCACGUGCUCGUGUUUUUAAACGGUUUAUCGCAAUUACACACGUCUGUAAGUAUAUACUGUGUGUUCCAUAAGUAUUGUUACCAUGGUGACAUGGUUCGUUGAAGACUGGAGAGACGUGAAUGAUAUGAUUUGGAUAAGAGAAAGAUUAUAGACUUUAUGAUAUAUCUACCAGGAUGUUAAUAAAAAGAACAAUUGAGAAUGAAAGCACGAAGGCAGUCGAUGGUCCGAGUUUGGGGGAACAGGAAAUGAAAAUCAAUAUGUUGUAUUAAUAUGUAUGUCUUUGCCAUGAAUGUAGAGAACAGUCAGUCCCAUUCCCUUCUAUUCCUGUCAUCCUUUCAGUCAUAUCUUGUAUUUAAUACACUCAUCACUUGUAGCUGCAAUUCGCCACGAUGACUGCAUAGGAUAUGACCCGUCUUGGUUCCCGUUUGUAUAGUGUGACUGGUGGACGAUCAUGAAAUAGCACAACCAUGCAUUAUAACCCUCUAAAUACACACUAUGGCUGUCAGUGCAGCAUCGUUUCACUGCAAGGCAUUGUUUAUCAUGGUCGUAUGACAAGCAAUUAUCGCAGUAAUUUAUACAUUAAAAAACAUAUACACUGUGUUGAUUCUGCAUGCAUGUACACCUCUGUAUUGAAAACACACUGCUAGGAAAUUCAUGAAAUCAUUUGAGAUCAUGUUUAUUUGACUGUAAUUAUUUCCUGCCCAUUGAUGAACAUGAGCAAUGAAAAUAAUUCCUGUGUAAUGUUUUUCAUUUAUCCUUAAUCAUUGUUAUUGAGAAAUAUUAAUAGCAAACUGGGUGUGAGAAUUACAAUUGGGUGAUCCUCACUAUGUAAUGGUCUAUGUCAGAUAUUUGAUUGAUAUAUUUGUUUGAAAUUGUGUCUCAUAACUUUAUGACACGAGAAAGCUGAUAUGUAUUCACAAAUUCAAGAAUUUCACUGCUGAAUCUGAAUAUUUUAUUAUUUACAAAGUCUAUCACUAGGCUAAAAAAACGGACACUAACCUGUGUGAAGUGCUAUGCAAGCAGCCUUAAUGGUUCCGAGAAGGCAGUAAAUUUGCCCAAAACUAUCAAAAUUACUGGACAAACCAGUAACAUUGCAAAGGACUGUAAUACGAAUAGGGUAGCACAGUACAACUCACACAGCCAAGCCAAAUUAAUGUUUGCGUCCACAUCACCAAACGCUCUUCUGAACUUUUGUGACAUUUCAAGAUUCAUUCCCAUGAAAGAGAAUGCUGCCCUGGUAAACUAUUACCAUGCUGACAAUGCAGGGAUGUUAAUAGAUGUAAUGUGGGGUUUUAUUUUGGGUGGAAAAACAGAUUUUCCCUUUAAAAGACUGCUGCAUUAAGAGGUGUUAAGGGAUAUACAUAUACUGGUUUGCUUGCCAAAUGAAUUAUUUAUUUUUGUCCCGACAUCAGUAAAAUGCCAAACGAAAAAUGUAUAGUGUAUCUGUCUCAGAAAGGAAGAGUGAAACAUAAAUUAAAUAUGUUUCUUCUUUUGUUAAUUAGAAUUAUUUAGAAAUGUAUUUAUACUAAUCAGGGGGUUUUAAGGUGAGUUAAAAUAGUUAAACGAUGGAUUUAUAGAGAUCACAAAUACUUUCAUUUCCAUAUGGAAUAUUGGUGUUUGAAGUGAUAGCAAUAUAUGAAUGUAAUAAAUUCAACCAUGAUGAUAUGAGUGUGUUUAAACUUUAGGGCAAUUGUAAUAGGAAUGGUUGAUACAGAUUUCUAAAUAUGAAUUGGUUCUUGAUAGAAUUCUUCAAGUUCUACCUAUGCAAUGACAUGAAAUGGGCGUAGGGGAAUGAAACAGUUUGAUUUCUUCUUUUUUUCAAUCCUCAAUCACUCAUUAAAAUGGAACUUUUAUAUAUUAUAGAGGCUUUUCUGUUAGAUUAUAAAGAAAGAGAAUGUUACAUUGCUAAUUUAUUUCUGAAAAUCCAUUAAGCAUUGUUGGUAGUAGAUGGGGUGAAAUGAUAAAACUGUUUCUUUCAGGGGGCUCCAGCUUGCCCAAACUACUCAUAAUCUCUCUAUUCAUCACUUCUCAAAAGUUGAGUAAAAAUUCUCAGCUGCAUUUGAAGUGUGAAAUUUACAUGGAUAUCCAUGGAGAUACAUGAGACUUCUCUUGCUAAUUUAAAUAGGCUAUUUCACUGGUAUGAUUACAUUUUCAGUGAGUUUAUGUUCUGACAGAAAAGAUAAUGAAAAUUCAAUAACUAGAAGUGAAAUUAUGAGUCGUAAUUGAUAUUCUUAUUGUUUAAUACAGAGAUGCUAUAUUUCUGUGACUUUAAGUAGUACUAUUGCUGUGCCAUACAGUGAUGUGUUGAAAUAUGCCAGUAAAGUAAUGUUAUUCCAUUUUGGAUCUUUCAGUUGACUUUCAUAUUCUCACUCAGACCAAGUAUCAACAACUAACAUUCUUACUAAAUUAAUGGUUCUGCUUGCUCUUAUGAUGAGGAUGUUUCAAAUUAUUUGCUGUACUGCAGAGCUUGAAGAGUAUAAUCAUUCUGAAACAGUAUGAAACGUGUUGCUAUGAACAGUAAUCAAAAUUUCUUUGUAUAUUAUAUUGCUGGGAUUUCUUUGUUUUAGUAUUUUAUAGUCGUGAUCAGUAAAAAGCAUCCCACGUGUGCUUGUACUUAAAAGCAGGUUGAUGAAAUGUAUUUAUUUAAUAUCUCGGUCAAGGUCGGAAGGUCUUUCUGUUAUGUGUAAUAACAAGUCUUUUGUGUUCUAGUUCAUCGAAACCCCCUUUUCAUUUCCAUUACUUUGUUUAGAAUAUUUUCUUAGGGACCCCACCAUUCUUUAUUGAUGUGCAAUAUGUCAUUCAUAUAGGUUUAGUGAUAAACACACAUUCCUAUGUGCAUUCUUUCAAUCCUUUUCCGCUUGUCAUCUUCAACUUUCAGUUAUACUCCGCAUCUUAAAUGUAGAAUAUUGUACAUGAGAACUUGCUUGAUGUGGAAGAGAACUUGCUAAUCAUACCCCUCUGAUUUCACAUUAGAGGGAUAUUAUACAUCUGUACAUGUAUAUAUAAUAUACAUAUCUUUCUAUCUUCUUCCUGUUGUCAUCAUUAAAUUUAAGCUAUACGUCACAGCUUAAAUGUAGAAUAGUAUAUGUGCCAACUUGAUUAUUUCAAAUAAUAGGGUUGUGACACCUGUAUACAUGCAUGUAUAGUUUAUAUACACAAUGAAUAAUACAGGUGUUUUUUCAUGGGGGCCGCCAUGUUUGCGGCUCUACAGGGGGGACCAUUAUUCAGUCUACAUGCAUGCCUCUUGCCGAUGCGGAAGCUGUCCUUGGCGCCAUUGCACUGCGCCGUUAUCAGGAACUCUGCUCUGCUCUGGCUUGCAUGAUUAAAUCAUCAGCCGUUGCCAUGGCAGCGAUGACGUCAGCCUCGUCUCUGGAGAGAGCAAGGCUCGUAGCUACCAAUGCGCCUAUCGCCUGCGAUAUGAUACUGCUAGUCUCAAAUGAGCUUUAUUUGGCUGCAUUGCAUUAAGGUGGGCAACACUUGUUCAGGGAACAGUUGCAAUACUUGAGCAAUAUGUAACACCCUCCAAAAUUGAAUUCCAAGGAUACGACCACAGCAAAUUUUAUGAGAAGGAAAACCUAAACCUAGCCUAGGCUUUUGUUGAAGAGCACUUGUGUGAAAAAUAAAAACAUGUAGCACAAGGUGGCUCAUCUUAAAAGUGCUUUUAAAAUAAUGGGUUGAGGAUUUAUAUAGGCGACAAGAUCGACUGUGUAGAAAAUUGUGAUGCUGUCUAUAUAUCUAUAAAUUUAGCACAAAGCGAUAUAGGUUUUUAUGCUUUCUGCCAUUUUCUGCAUCAGUACAUGAUCAUGAAUAUUCACUUUGAUUCACUGUAAGAGAAUUCAUGAUACUUUGUUGGCUUUUAAAAAUAGCGCAAAUUCAAGGACAUGCAUGACAUGUAAAUGGAAAGUAAACUAUAUUUUGUGUGUAGUAUAUUGCUUCACAGUUGUAUACACCAUUAUAUUACCUUUGCCAUUGUUAAGGUGGUGCGCUCACAUCAUAUCAUAUGCAUCAUGGAAUUGUAAUUCAACAAUCAAUUUAGGUUCUGUACAUGCCAUGAAAAGAAUGAAAUACUAAUUUCUUUCAUUUGUCAAUUUAUUCCUGGUAUUCUCAUGAAAUUGAAAGUAGCACUUGUUACCGGACAUGGCAUGGUAUAUUCAUUUACCCUUUGAUCUCCCAUUUAGUUAUUUAUUGUUUUAUCCAUUUUAUUCAUUGGGUUGUUCAUAUAUUUAUUUAUUCAUGUAGUGUCUUUAUUCUAGGCCUAGAUUUACACGUUUGACCUCUAAUAGACCCCUAUUUCAUGUUAGUUCUUGAUAGUAUUUUUGAGAUAGAAUGUUGAAAUUUGCAAUCUUUUUGCCGUCCAUUCUAUAUAAAUGGACAUGACAUUGUAAUAGAAUAUUUGUCUCUUUGUUAACCCCAAUCGAUGAAAUAAUCAAUCACGAUUAAUAGUGAUUUUAAUAUUUUCAAAGCAAGAAAAAUGAAGGUAAUUUGUAUUAGAUUUUUUUACCCUGCAAUUCCUAUAAGUAUGGAUAAACAUCUUUGUAGCAUUUGUAGUAUAAACUCUGCUUUUCUCUUUAUCUUUCUUAUUAUAUGGAGAUGGCUAUUGCUGUAAUGUAGCCACGUUAAUUGAGGAAAAUGCAUUGAUAAUCGUCAUGACACUGUUUUAUUACUAUGUUAAUAUUAUUAUUAUUGUAAUAUGUUAUUAUGUUAUUCUCCCUGGAUCAUAUAGAAUAUGAAUGACAAAACAGGUAUAGCUUUUAUAGACAUACCCAAAUUCCAUUCCAUAUUGAUGUUUGUUAACCUAAAUGAAUAAGUGGCGUUUGUAUAUUGUGGUGACAGUGAAAUUAUUACUAUAUUGUUAUAACUAUCAAGUAGCUAUGGAGAUAUCGGUAUAUUUAAUAAAAGCAACCAUUAUUGAAAAAAAAAA